GUACACAUUCAUAUUCCCAUAUGGAUUGGUUUUUUAAAAAUAAUUCUCGUAAAUUAUUAGAAAAUCCUGAGGGUGUAGUUAGCGACGCUCUUUUAUCCGAAGUGCGGCAUUACAUGGAACUUUGUUAUGCCCAGAAACAUAUCAAAUCCAAUUCUCUACAAAAUAAUGACUCUGAAAAUAAUCCCACUUAUACGCAUAGACAUUCCACCGACAGUGAUUACCUCAAUGCGUCUAGAGAUUCUUUAACAUCAGAAAACGUCCCGACGCCACAUAGGGUGGAUUAUUCUUGGCUCGCGACAUCUAACCAGAAAUUGGAGGGGGGUAGAGCCUCUAUCUCGUCUAGGAGACGUUCUUCCGCCUUUUCAUCUGCGCGUACCUCUCUAAAUCCAGAGAUAGGCGGGCCACUAGACCACCUAUCAAACCUAUCCAUAAUAAACAACAUUUCGGAAUCAGCCAUCGAUGACCCGGUUCAAGCCUCGGAACUUCCUUACAUGACGGAACUCGAAAAUGCUGAACUAGAAAGACUGGCAUUUAAAGUCGAGCCCCGAGAAUACGUUAAAACUGUCCAGCUAUUCAGGCGUAACCUUGCCCGUUUAAUUGAACAGAAGACCUCAAAGGGUAACCUACCCAAAACUUCCCAACAUGAUUCAAACUUCGUAUUCCCAAUCAAGGAUUGGAUGAAAGGUGACGAACAUUCAUCUAAUUCCUCAUCCACCCAUUCCAAUUCCUCUCGAUCUUACAACUUUGAUGAACAACAACAAAACAUCGAAGGUACGUCAAAAAAUUAUGCCAAUACUUCAAAUGUAUUAUCAACCACUUCUUUCAGUACCAACAAUGCGAUAAAAACCAGCGAUGACACCAACAAAGACGAAAAGACUGUAAAUAUCAUGGAUCUUUCAUGCCUUAAGCCCAGGGAAAUACCAAACGUUAUGAGACUCUCAAUAUAUCGAAUUUUGGACAUGAGAGACGAAAAGGAGCAAAGUCACAACAAACAGAGGAAAAAAAGUUCUAUCCCAUCACUAUCUCAGAGUUCGAGUGUUUUCCUGCCCAUGGCUGGAGGGGGUGGAAGCAAGGAUAAUAGAGUGUUUCCUUCCGAAACCAGGAGUCUUCAUGUCAAAAAUCCUAAAAAUGGUGGCCAUAAAUCGUCAAUUAGCGUUAUCAGCGAGUUGGGCGGGGCCCUUGGGAAUCGAAAGCGAAUAUCCGACACAGAUUUGUUGAACGAUGAUAAUACUAAUCAACGGGAUCGACGAUCCACCGAAUAUAAUUUGCCGGUGUGAUUCGUAUUAAAAAUACAAAUCUAUUUUAAUAUAUGUUUAAAAUGAAAUAAUUCUCACUCGCAUUUUAUAAUAGGAGUUAAAUAUCAUCGUUAAAUAACAUCACUUAUAUACAAUAUAUUAGAUUUUACAUUUAAUUAUGAAUAUGUCAGUUAGCUAAUAAUAUUUUUACCAAAGAUCAGGAGUGAUGGCCAAACCUUUAUAAUUUCCCGAACCUUUAUAGCAAAUUUUAAAAGGAGCGAACCCGAACCUUUAUAAAUUUUCUGAAUUAGUUUAAACCCGUUUUUUAAAAUAUCUUAAUAAUUGUCAAUUUAUUAGAAACUAUUUCUUUUAGAAAGUUGAUAAUAGUUUAUUUUGUUUACUUUUUUUUGAACCAAUCAAAUCACUUAUUUAUUAAACCUGUAUUUAUUUAUAAUACACUAAUCAUUUUUUCAUAAGAAAUAUAAAAAUCCCAUAUGAACAUAUUAUAAUGUUUCAAAAACCAUAAUAUUUAUGUUUUUAAUCCCUGAAUACGGGUUCGUAUCGUUGAUUCUUACAAAUUAACAAUUUUUA